ACUUCGUUAAUCAGGGGUAUCGCAGUACGAUCUCUUUAAUUCUUAAUGAUAUCAGGUUAAGCUCUGCGUUUAUUCGACAACAAGGGCAAAGUUGGUGGAUGAAUGUAACCGACGCCAUUCUUAAUAACACCACACUCGCAACAAUCUUCUUUUCUUUCGACAAAUUGAAAACCGUGAUAAGAGAAAUAUCUCUAAAGAUUCAAGUCCCAUAACACUGCCACAUCCAAGAUUAUGGUUUGCGAAAAGGAAUUUGAGUUUGCGUUAAAAUGAGGUCAUAGUAGGCUUAGAAAAUAUCUCAUUUUAUCCUUUUUGCAUUGGUAAACAUCAUUCAGGAAAAGAGAAUCGAAAACAGUUUAAGGUAUGAGCAGUAACUUUACGGAAGUGUUUAAAGAGACAGGUUGUUACUUCAAUAGGUGAUAUUAGUAAGCGAACUUAUACAAAAUCAAGCGAUUUGUUACGAAAGAUUUCAAGAGCGUGUUGUUGAAACCAUGGAAGGAGAAUUGAGCAGAGAAAGCACGAUUGCGUUGCCAGAGAUAUCGAAGGAAAACACUUCUUUCAGUAAUGAUGGACGAUUAGGACACACAAUCCGACUGCCUAGUAUAUGCGAGACGGUGACUUCGUAUUACUCCGACAACUCCAUGACGAGUUACGACGCAAGCGAAUUCGGGGAAGUUUGGGGAGUACCAUCCGAGUUCGGUUUUACUGAGGAAGAUAGUAUUAGUCAUGGAUGGCCUGAGAGGAGAAAAGAUGCAAUGCUCGAAGAGGAAGAGGAGCGGGAAAUUGAACAGAGAGUUCAAAAGGAAUUCAAAGAAGAGUUCCAAAAAAUUAAGAUGCAAGCCAGGGAGAAACAAGUUAUUAUAAGGAAGAAAUUUAAAUCGAAAAUCAAUAAAGCGCGGGCAGCUUUGCUGACAGCACGAAUCAACGCCGAGAAAGAAACCAUAAACAAGUUGGAAAAAGAAGCAGAAAGAAAAGAAGCCGAGGUGUUGCAAAGAAGAUUUAAAAGAAAAAUGGAGUCGAACUCUAAUUGGGACUUAAUAAAGGAUCCUGCAGAUAUAACACACAAUAUGAAAGAUCUUGCGGCUUUACGGAAGAUACGGUCGGAGCUAGACCGAGCCAGAGCGCGUCGACGCUCUACCAUUGCAUCAACCCUGGUGGCGAAUCGACAUGGCAAGAUGACUCUGGACCCUCGCUUUAUGGACACAGAGAUAAAGAAACUCGAACGAGUUGACGAAAUUCAGAAACUUGUGCACGAGUUGCAGAGCCUGGGUCUAAAAGAAAAUGCCAACACACUAAUUUCCUCUCUUGUGAAUAAGAAAAGAUCAGAAGAACAGUUGAAAGAGAGCCUAAUCGAAGAGAGAAAUAAAGCGAAGAUGAGAGCGCUGGAGAGAAAGGAACAGGAAGUAAUGCGGUUACGACAGGAGAAGAUUGCGGGAAAAGAAGAGGAGGAGAGACUGAAGAAGCAGAGAGAGAAGGAGGAAAAGGAAAGGCUUGAAAGAGAGAGAAGAGCUAGGAUGAUGAAGGCGCUCGAGCGAAAGGCGUUUAAUCAGAGCCUGAAGAGGAGUCUGGAAGAAGCAAAGUUCGUCACGAGUUUAUCACGGCCAUACACGUACUCGUACUUUUAAAUGAGGCGCACUCCAUCUUUUGGGAAGAGAACCUGAAUGAUAACUGAAAAAGGUGUCUUAAGUGCUUCGAUUUACAGGAUUUGCAAAUAUAUCGCUUGAAGUAAGAGUAAGACAUGCUUAGCUUACGCUUAGUGUCAACCUGUAAAUAGCAUCCUGUACCCAGGGCCGUAGCGGGGGUGGGGCAUUCGUGGAACGCCCCCCCCCCUCCCCCCAAUAUUUUCAAAAACUUAAAGGAAAUGGGCAGUAGGGUCGUGGCUGUGCCCCACAACUUUCUUGAUGUUUCUGUUCCGUGCCCCCCCCCCUAUGCUUCAAGGCCUGCUACGGCUUUGGUACCAGUAUAUACUUCCCUACUGUUUCACAUUUUCUUAUCGUGUCACUCUAGGGAUUGUCCUAUAAAUACUAUCCGAUUAUUCACGAAUGGCUGAAUUGUCUCAAAAUGAAACUAAUUGUCUUUUUCCUGCAUUUCUAAUUUGCGAAGGCAGUCGUAGAGGCGAGUUUUUUAUCAUUUGUGUCUGCCUUUGGCAAAAACCUCUAAUGAGCAAAGUUCGUUGCGCUAUUGAGGCGCAAAAGAAUGGAGCUGUCUUUGAUAUGCAAUAGGAAAAGAUAGUUCUCAUAAACGUUUACGCACUUACGUACUUGAGUAUCUGUUUCUGUUUCUAUCCAUUCUUUGUGUAUUGUCUAGUCUAUAUGUACUUUUAUUGUUUUAUUCUGUGUGUAGUUUGCACAGGAUUCCAAACAUCAGCUUAGCUGAACUACACAGAACACUGUUGCAAAUUAAAAGUCAAUGAUACGAAGAUA